AAAAAACACAUCUAACAAAAAGAAUCGAAUCCAAAGCAAUGUCCACUUCAUAUUCCUUAUUCAAAUACCUUGUUUCUUUCCAUGUCUUGGCUAUGCAACUAUUCUUCAUAGGCGAUGUUGCAUCGCUGAACCUUACCAAUGCCUACUUGCACCACAAAUGCCGCGUCAGUCAAGGGAAAUACCAGUCAGGAAGUGAGUACGAGAAAAGCCUCAACUCUCUCACCCAUGACCUCUCUACCAAUAAGUUUCCAACUGGUUUCAUACACAUAUCUAAUGGUGAGCCUCCCAAUUACGUUACCAUCAUAUUCCAGUGCCGCGGUGACUCGUACGGGCCCAAGUGCCGCUCCUGCUUUGCCACUGCUGUUGCCGGGUUUCAUAGGAGAUGUCCGAGAAACAAAGGAGGAAUAAUUUGGUACGACCAAUGUUUUCUCGAUGUUAGUAUGGUCAAUGACCGAAGUCCAAGGAAACUCAAUUACGAGAAUACUUUCUCUAUGUACAACCCAAACAACGUGAGAGAGGAUACACAGUCGUUUGACAAGAAGACAAGGGAUUUCCUCUACAAGCUGAUUGCGAAAGCUGAUAAACCCGACAAAGACGGCAUCAACUUUUUAUAUUACGCGGCAGAGGAAAUGAGGCUUGGGACGAAAAAACUAUAUGCAAUGGUGCAGUGUGCAAAAGACAUAGAGAGCUGUAAGGUUUGUUUGGAAUGGAGUAUCAGGGAGCUUUCUAAGUGCUGCGGCGGUAAACAAGGAGCAAGAUUUUUGGGCACAAGUUGUAAUAUUAGUGCAUCAUCCUUGAAUCUUACUAAUGAGUAUCUAAAUCACAAAUGUCGCGUUGAUCAAGGAAAAUACAAGCCAGGAAGUGAGUACGAGAAAGAACUCAACACUCUCAGCCGUAGUGUCGCUACCCAUCACUUUACAGAUGGUUUCACACACAUGUCUAAUAGUAGGGAUACCAAAUCCAUCACCAUCAUAUUCCAAUGUCGCGGUGACUCUUACAGGUCUAAGUGCAACUCCUGCUAUGCCACCGCAUUUGCCGGGUUUCGUAGGAGAUGUCCGAGAAACAAAGGAGGAAUCAUCUGGUACGACCAAUGUUUUCUCGAUGUUAGUAUGAUUAAUGACAAUUCCCCAAGACGGAUGAACUACGAGAAUGUUUUUUCUAUGCACAACCCAAACAACGUGAGAGGGAAUGCAAACUCAUUCAACAAAAAGACGACGGAUUUCCUCUACAAGCUGAUUGGAAAAGCUGAUAGAAUCGAUGUGGACGGCAUCAACUUUCUAUAUUACGCGGCGGGGGAAAUGAGGCUUGGGAAGCAAACACUGUAUGCAAUGGUGCAGUGUGCGAAGGACAUAUUGAGUUGUAAGGAUUGUUUGGAAUGGAGUAUCAAGGAGCUUUCUAAGUGCUGCGCUGGUAAACAAGGAGCGAGAGUUGUGGGUACAAUUUGUAAUCUUAGCGUUUCAUCCCUAAAUCUUACUAAUGGGUACCUUCACCACAAAUGCCGGGUUAAUCAAGGAAAAUACAAGCCGGGAAGUAAAUACGAGAAAGACCUCGACUCUCUCAUCCGAUUUGUAGCUGCUGAUAAGUUUAAAGAUGGGUUCGUACACAGCUCUGAUAGUGAUGGUCCCAAUUCCACUACCAUCAUAUUCCAGUGUCGUGGUGACUCUUACGAGUCUAACUGUCGAACCUGCUAUGACACUGCCGUCGUCGGGUUUCGUAAGAGAUGUCCGAGAAACAAAGGUGGGAUAAUAUGGUAUGACCAAUGUUUUCUCGAUGUUAGUAUGAUCAAUGACCACGUUCCAAGGAAGAUCAAUAAAAAGGAUACUUUUGCUAUGCACAACCCAAACAAUGUGAGGGGAGAUACAAAGUUGUUCAGCAAGAAGAAAAAUGAUAUCCUCCAACAGCUGAUUGAGAAAGCUGAUAAACCCGACGUGGACGGCAUCGGGUUGUUAUAUUAUGCGGCGGGAGAGAUGAGAAUCGGGAGGGAAAAGCUGUAUGCGAUGGUGCAGUGUGCGAAAGACCUAGUCGACUGUAAGUCUUGUUUGGAAUGGAGUAUCAGGGAGCUUUCUAAGUGUUGUGACGGUAAACGAGGAGCGAGAUUUUUGGGUACGAGCUGUAAUGUUAGUGAAGGGAAAUAUAAGCAUGGUGAUAAGUACGAGAAUAACCUCAACGUUCUCAACCGUAAUGUCCUUUCUUAUGAUCUUAUGAGCGGUUUUUUACAUGUUUCUCAUGGCGAGGGUCCGGAUUCCGUCACCUUUAUAUUACAGUGUCGUGGUGACUCCUUCGGGUCGAAUUGCCGCACUUGCUAUACCACCGCCAUCGACGGGUUUCAUAGGAGAUGUCAGAGAAACAAAGGGGGAAUCAUAUGGUAUGACCAAUGUUUUCUUGUUAUUUCUACGAUAAAACCCCAACUCCCAAGGAAGAUUGAUUUCAAAAACACUUUCUCAAUGCACAACCCAAACAACGUGAGCAAUGAACCUGGAUCGUUUGACAAGAUGACUAGGGAUUUCCUCUACGAGUUGGUGCGGAAAGCCUCUUAUCCAACCGUGGUCGAACACCAGUCUACAUAUUACGCUGCUGGGGAGAAGAAACUCGGGAAGAGGAAACUGUAUGCAAUGAUGCAGUGUGCAUCGGACAUAUUGCAAUGUAAGGUUUGUUUGGAAUGGUGUAUUAGAGAGCUUCCCAAGUGCUGCGAUGGUAAACAAGGAGGGAGAAUUUUGGGUAUGAGUUGUAAUCUUAGUGUUUCGUCCCUGAACCUUACCAAUGACUAUCUCAACCACAAAUGCCUCGUCAGUGAAGGGAACUAUAAGCCUGGAGAUGAGUACGAGGUAAACCUCAACUUUCUAACCAAAUCCGUCCCUACCUAUGAUUUUCCGGAUGGUUUCUUACGCAUAUCGCGUGGCGACGUUCCCAAUUUCGUCACCGUCAUGUUACAGUGCCGUGGCGACUCUUACGAGUCAAAGUGCCGCUCCUGCUAUGCCACCGCCCUUGCCGGGCUUCGAAGGAGAUGUGGCAGACACAAAGGGGGGAUAAUAUGGUACGACCAAUGCUUACUCAUUAUUUCUUCGAUCAUUGACGACAAACCAAGGAAGAUCGAUUACAGGAAUACUUUCUCUAUGCACAACCCAAACAAUGUGAACGAGGAUAUAGGGUCGUUCAACAAGAAGACAAGGGAUUUCCUCAACGAGCUGGUGCAGAAAGCCAUUAAACCCGACAGUGUCAACCUGGUAUUUUACGCUUCGGGAGAGAAGAUGAUAGGGACAAAGAAAUUAUAUGCGAUGGUUCAGUGUACGCAAGACACAUUGCAAUGUCAAAAAUGUUUGGAAUGGAUUAUUAGGGAACUUCCCAAGUGCUGCAAAGGUAAACAAGGAGCGAGAUUUUUGGGUACGGGUUGUAAUCUUAGUACCGCACCGCAGAACUCCUAAGAAUCGAAAUGACUUGCUUUACUCAGAUCUAUUUUAGGAAUCGAACCUCUUGUUAGAUGGAAUAUCUUGUCUUCUCCCACUCAGUCAUUAGUGUCUCUUGACAUCACAGCCGCACUAUCUAGUAAUAAAGAACUCAAUUAGUA